ACAUCCCUGAAUAUUAGAAAGCUCGUGGUGCGCUGCACAAAAGUGUGUCUGUUUAGUUAGAUAGACUUAUUCUGUAAUGAAGAAGUAGCAAAACUGAAAAUGAAAACUCUCUCGAUUCUUGCAAUCAUUGCGUUGCUAUGGCAAUGCUGUCGGGCUCAACAGAGAGGCCUGUUUCCUGCAGUGCUCAAUCUAGCUUCCAUGGCAGAGAUCUCUACCAAUGCCACCUGCGGUGAAAAUGGCCCUGAAAUGUACUGCAAGCUGGUAGAACAUGUCCCUGGACAACCAGUGAGAAACCCUCAGUGUCGCACCUGUAACUUGGCCAGUAACAUUCCGUAUGAACGUCAUCCAAUCACCUAUGCUAUUGAUGGCACAAAUAGGUGGUGGCAAAGCCCCAGCAUCCAGAAUGGCAUGGACUUUCAUUAUGUUACUAUUACCUUGGAUCUUGGACAGGUUUUCCAGAUUGCAUAUGUGAUAAUUAAGGCUGCCAAUUCCCCUCGCCCUGGAAACUGGAUUUUAGAGCGCUCCAUGGAUGGCGAUACCUUCGAACCUUGGCAGUACUUUGCAAUUACAGACACUGAAUGCCUUACUCGCUUCAACAUCUUACCCAGGACAGGACCACCAUCUUAUACCAAAGAUGAUGACGUAAUAUGCACCUCCUACUACUCUAAAAUCCACCCAUUAGAAAAUGGAGAAAUUCACACUUCCCUGAUCAAUGGAAGACCCAGUGCAGAUGAUCCUUCCCCUGUCUUGCUGAACUUCACCUCUGCCCGAUAUAUUCGCUUUCAAUUUCGAAGGAUAAGGACCCUAAAUGCUGAUUUAAUGACAUUGGCUUACAAUGAUCCCAGAGAUGUUGACCCUAUUGUAACUCGACGGUAUUAUUAUUCUAUAAAAGAUAUUUCGGUUGGAGGAAUGUGUAUCUGCUAUGGCCAUGCAAAAGCUUGUCCUCUUCACAAUGAAACCAAGAAAUUUAGUUGUGAGUGUGAACACAACACCUGUGGAGAAAAUUGUGAUCGAUGCUGUCCUGGUUACAACCAAAAACCCUGGAUGGCUGGAACAUUUCUCACCCGACAUGUGUGUGAAAAAUGUAAUUGUCAUGGGAAGUCUGAAGAGUGCAUCUAUAAUGACACUGUAGCGAACAACAAGCAGAGUUUAAAUGUCAAUGGGGAAUAUAAAGGAGGUGGUGUGUGCCUUAAAUGUAUCAGAAACACUGCUGGAAUAAAUUGUGAGACCUGCACUGAUGGAUACUUUAGGCCAAGUGGGGUCACCUCCUAUGAACCUGAUCCCUGUGUUCCUUGUUCUUGUGACCCAGAUGGGUCAUUGCAUGACACAUGUAUAAAGGAUGAAACAAAGGUUGAAGGAGACCUGGGACCUGGUUCUUGUCACUGCAAGCUUGGUUAUGGUGGGAAGAAGUGCGACAGAUGUGCCUUUGGUUAUACAGGUUUCCCACACUGCAUACGCUGCAACUGCAGCCUCGAUGGAAGCCAGAACACUGAUCCUUGCGAGAAGCCAUGCAACUGCAAGGAAAAUGUUGAAGGGGAGAACUGUGACCGGUGCAAAGUAGGAUUCUACAAUCUUCAGAAUGGAAAUCCGAAAGGCUGUGAGAAGUGUUACUGCUCUGGCGUAUCCAGUGAAUGCACAGAGUCCCAUUGGACCUAUAGUAAUGUGUCAGAUAUGUCUCGUUGGUUUCUGACGGGACCACUGGGUAUUAAGAAAGCCCAUCCUGUCCAGGACUCGUAUGAUGGACCACAGCAACUCAGCAUUAGCAACGAAGAAGCAAGAAAAGUGCUGCCACCACUUUAUUACUGGAGUGCACAGCCUGCUUAUUUGGGAAACAAGUUAGCAGCGUAUGGAGGAAAACUGAUUUACACAGUCUCCUACGACAUCGUAGGAGUGGAUAAAGCAGUCCAGGCAACAACUCAUACUGAUGUCAUUAUAGAGGGCAAUGGGAUGAGAAUCAUGAAGACCCAGCAUGGAAUCCAGCUUUAUCCAUUUAAAGAACGCACAGAAGUAAUUGUUUUGCGCCCUGAACAUUUUAAACACCAGAGAACCGGCUUGCCUGUUAGCAAGAAGGACUUCAUGAUGGUUCUAACAAAUGUGACUCAUCUGCUGAUAAGAGCCUCCUACAGCAAUGAAAAUGAAGCCAUCUGCAGGUUAAGUUCUGUCAGCCUUGAAGUAGCUGUUCCAUAUUCAGACAACACAGCUGUGGCAACAGCUGUUGAAAUAUGUAAUUGUCCUCCUGGCUACACUGGCACUUCUUGUGAACAGAAGCAAACACCUGGUACACCUUUGAAUAAAAGUGAGGCAUGUUUGACGGGUUUUCGGCGAGCUAACAGCACCCUGUACAGAGGGCUUUGUGAACCAUGUCAGUGCUUUGGCCAUUCGGACUAUUGUGAUGACUUCACUGGCGAGUGUCUGGGCUGCAAGCAUGACACUACUGGCCCAUUCUGUGAUUUGUGUAUUGCUGGAUUUUAUGGGGAUGCUACAAAGGGAACCCCCAGUGACUGUCAGCCCUGCGCCUGCCCAUUGCAAAUUCCAUCCAACAAUUUCAGCCCCACCUGUUACUUGGACACGACAGGAGAAUUGAUAUGUGACCGAUGCCCACCUGGAUACACAGGGUCUCGCUGUGACAGGUGCUCAGAAGGUUACCAUGGUCACCCUACGGAACCAGGGGGCUCCUGCCAGCCCUGCCAGUGUAACGGCAAUCUUGACCUAUCAACCCCCCGAAGCUGUGAUCCUGUGACAGGUGCCUGCCUGAAAUGUAGAGAGGGAUUUGGUGGUCAGUACUGUGAGAGCUGCUCAGACGGGUAUUUUGGAGAUGCUAUUGUAGCCAAGAAUUGCCAGCCGUGUCAAUGUAAUAACAAUGGGUCCAUGUCUGAGGUGUGCAACCCACAGACAGGCCAGUGUGAGUGCAGACAGCAUGUAGUGGGAAAACAGUGUGACGAAUGCAUGCCCAACUGCUGGUGGGACCCAGAGAAGCUGCUUUGUAUGCCCUGUAGCUGCAGCCCUGUCGGUUCUAUGUCCCCUCGAUGUGAUCUGAUGGGGAGAUGUAUCUGUAAGCCGAGCUUCUCUGGGAAGCGCUGUGACCUCAGUAGACAGAACUAUGAGCGCAGGGAGACUAGGCGGCCUCUUCUUCAAGUGCCUCUGCAGCAGCAACAGCGCUGGGGAACUAGCAGGACAGGGGGCUGUCCUAGGGGGGCUUACAGGCCCACCACACUCCCUGACAGUGGGUCGGGUACUUUUGAUCUAAAGCCCUCCAGAGGAUGUGUGCCCUGUAACUGUAACUCCUUUGGAUCCAAGUCCUUUGACUGUGAUGAAAGCGGGCAGUGCAGGUGUCAGCCUGGGGUGACUGGGCUGAAAUGUGAUCGCUGUGCCAUUGGAUACUACAGCUUCCAGGAAGGAGGAUGCACUCCUUGCCAUUGUUCCCAUGUUGGUAAUAACUGUGAUGCAAGCACUGGACAGUGUAUCUGUCCUCCUCAUACGAUUGGAGAGAAGUGUGAUCGAUGUGCACCAAAUUACUGGGGUCAUGAUAUUGUCAGUGGAUGCAAGCCUUGCGGUUGCAAUGUUGUGGGAUCCCUAACACUCCAGUGCAACUCAGAUACUGGCUGCUGCUUCUGUCGCCCAGGUUACACAGGGGAGAAGUGUACUGAGUGUAAGGAGGGCUACCGGGAUUUUCCACACUGCAUUGCUUGUGAGUGCUCCCUGGCUGGCACAGCGUCUCACACCUGUGACACAGAGAUGGAAACAUGCUCUUGUACUGAUCGCACUGGCCAGUGCACCUGCAAGGCAAAUGUAGAGGGUCUUCGCUGUGACAGAUGUAAGACUGGCACUUUUGGCCUCAGCACAUUAAAUCCACUAGGCUGCAGUAACUGCUACUGCUUCGGCAUGACUACUAAGUGCACAGAAGCAAAGGGACUGAUUCGUAUGUGGUUGUCGCUCAAGCCUGACCAGAUGGUGCUACCUCUUGUGGAUAAAAUGAAUCAAAGAAGAACCACCAAUGGCGUUUCAUUCCAACACCCCGAGAUUGUGGCCAAUGUAGACUUGGUGUCCAGAGACCUUCUCUCUGAACCCUUUUACUGGAAACUACCAGAACAGUUUCAAGGCUCAAUGAUCACAGCCUAUGGAGGCAAGCUGAAGUAUGCCAUUUACUUUGAGGCGAGAGAUGAAACAGGGCGUUCUACCUAUGAACCACAGGUUAUAAUAAGAGGAGGUGCCAAUAAGGAUAAAGUUAUCGUACGCCACAUGCCUGCGCUUCAGAUUGGCCAGCUAACCAGACAUGAGAUUGAUAUGAUUGAGAACAAUUGGAAGUUCCAUGGCUCCAAUGAUGUCAGGACCAUGACUCGGGAAGACUUCAUGGAUAUUUUGUUUAAUAUUGAGUAUAUCCUGAUCAAGGCCUCUUACGGAAACUCAAUGAGACAAAGCAGAAUCUCUGAGAUUUCCAUGGAAGUAGCUGAAGAAGGACAAAGCACUUUUGAAAGUGAGCGUGCCUACCAGAUUGAGAAAUGUGAAUGUCCCCCGGGUUAUUCUGGACUUUCUUGUGAGGAAUGUGCUGCAGGGUAUUACAGGCUGUCUUCGAGAGUCAGUGGCAGAGCAUCCAGCUCUGGUAUUGGGAGCUGCGUCCGGUGUCAGUGCAACGGCCACAGUGAAAUGUGUGAUCCCGAAACAUCCAUCUGCCAGAAUUGUCGCCACAACACUGUUGGGGACCGCUGUGAGCAAUGUGCCUCUGGAUUUUAUGGAGUAGUGAGAGGCUCCACUGAUGACUGCCGCCCCUGUGCCUGUCCUUUUCCCAUCCCCAGCAACAACUUUAACCCAACCUGUGUCAUGGAGGGAUUUCAUGAUUUCCGUUGUACUAACUGUCCAUUAGGAUAUGAAGGGCAGUACUGUGAGAGGUGUUCUCCUGGUUUCUAUGGCGAUCCCAGGAGUCCCGGUGGCUCCUGCCAGGAAUGUAAGUGUGACCCCAAUGGCUCCCUGCCCCUGCCCUGUGACCAGCUCACUGGCCAAUGCCAGUGCAAACAAGGAACUACCGGACUGGCCUGCGAUAGAUGCAUGGAGCGGCAUGUGUGUGAACCUCAGCAGAUUAUUUUUUGCGAUGACGAAUGCACUGGACUUCUCUUAAAUGACUUGGACAGUCUUGGACGCAUGGUUAUGAGUGUCAAUCUGACUGGACCACUGCCUCCUCCAUAUAAAGUGCUGUACAGAUUUGAAAACAUGACACAGGAACUAAAGCAUCUGCUAUCACCUCAACGAGCUCCAGAGCGGCUCCUCCAGCUGGCUGACAGUAACCUGGGCACACUGGUGACAGAGAUGGAUGAGCUUCUAAGCAGGGCAACCAAAGUAUCUGCAGAUGGAGAGCAAACAAAUGCAGAUGCUGAAAGGACUCGCAAAAGGGCAGAAGACCUGGACAAAUUUGUUAAGAACAGUUUGCAAGCUGCUGAAGCUCUGAAAGAGAAAGCUCGGAAACUGAAUGAAACUCUUGGCUCCCGAGAUGGUGUCCUGGAAAAAAGCCUUCAAGAGAUGCAUACUGAUAUUGAGAAAAUGCUAGCAGAGCUUCGUAGGAGAAAGCUGGGCAAGCACCAGCAAAUUGCAGAUGAAGAGCUGGGUGCUGCUGAUGCCCUUUUGACAAAGGUAAAGAAACUCUUUGGAGACCCACAUCAAGCAACUGAAGACCUUAAACUAGAGGUGACAGACAAACUGGCGGAUUACAAAACCAAGCUGGAUGAUGCCCAGGCAUUGCUGGAAGAGGCAAAGGGAAAAAUCAGAGAAGCUGACCACUUAUCUGCUGAUAACCAGAGAAACAUGACUGCCUUAGAGAAAAAGAAACAAGCUGUUAAUGGUGGAAAGAAGGACACAGAAGGUAUCCUGGCUGAAGGGGAAAGUAUUCUCGGUGAAGCCAGUCGACUGCUGGAUGACAUUAAUCAAGAAAUUGAAGAUCUGGAGGAGAUCGGGAGGAAUAUAGGACCACUGAGAGCGCAGCUCAAGUAUAAAGUAGAAGAACUAACUGAAGGUCUGACUGAGAACAAUCUCCCAGAACUUGUCCUUCAAGCUGAGAACCACGCAGCCCAACUCAACGACUCUUCAAGUAUCCUGGAUGGAAUCCUGGCAGAAGCUAAAAAUCUGUCAUUUAAUGCUACAGCGGCAUUCAAAGCCUACAGUAACAUCAAGGAUUCAAUUGAAGAAGCUGAAAAGAUUGCUAAGCAAGCGAAGGCCAGUGCGACAGAAGCUGUGCAGCUGGCUUCCAGUCCUAAGGGAUCCUUAAAGGAUGAUGCCAAAACCUCACUCCAGAAGAGCUUCAGGCUGUGGAAUGAAGCCAAAAAGUUAGAUAACGUUGUGAAAGAAAAUGGUGACAAUCUUGAUCAUUUACAGUCCAGACUAAAAGCUGCUGGUACAAAGAACAAAGAUCUGCUGAAGUCACUAAAUGAUACUUUUGGAAAACUUAAUUCAAUCCCCAAUGACACAAGUUCAAAAUUGCAAGCAGCUAAAGACAAGGCCAGGCACGCUAAUGAAACUGCCAGUGAUGUGCUAGGAAGAAUUAAGGACAUCAACAUGAACCUCAUGGGGCUACAGAAAAACUACAGCAAACUUGAAGAUGAUGUGGCCAGAGCAAAUGCUAUAAUACAGGAUCCAGUGAAAAACAUUAAUGCUGCUAGUGCCAAAGUUAAGGAUUUAGAGGAUGAGGCUGAUCGAUUACUGGAAAAGCUUAAACCAAUCAAAGAGCUUCAGGACAACCUGAAAAAUAACAUCUCUCAGAUAAAGGAAUUGAUCAGUCAAGCUCGAAAACAGGCAAACUCAAUUAAAGUCUCCGUCUCAUCUGGAGGUGACUGCAUCCGUACAUACCGACCAGAAAUUAAGAAGGGCUGGUAUAACCCCAUCAUCCUGAAUGUCAAGACAGCCAUGCCUGAUAACCUGCUCUUUUAUCUAGGAAGUGCCAAAUAUUCUGACUUCUUGGCCAUAGAGAUGCGUAAAGGAAAGGUUAACUUCCUUUGGGAUGUAGGCUCUGGGGUUGGACGUGUGGAGUAUCCAGACAUAACCAUCAGUGAUCAGAACUGGUACAGAAUUGAAGCUUCACGCAAUGGACGUAAUGGCACCAUUUCAGUGCACGCUCUGGAAGGCCCUAAAGCCGGAAUAAUGCCAAGCACCUUCAGUGGAGUGUCACCUGAAGGCUACACUAUUCUAGAUGUGGAUGCCGAUGCUUACCUGUUUGUUGGGGGCUUAACUAGCAAAAUAAAGAAAGCUGAUGCUGUUAAAACAACCACAUUCUCUGGCUGUAUGGGAGAAACAUAUCUGGACAGCAAACCUAUUGGACUGUGGAACUACAGGGAGAGACAAGGAAACUGUAAAGGAUGUGUUGUGAGCCCCCAGCCUCCUGACACUGAAGGGACUAUGCAGUUUGAUGGAGAAGGAUAUGCUGCUGUUAGUCGACCAACCCGCUGGAAUCCCAACGUCUCCACAGUCAUGUUCAAGUUUAGGACCUUCUCCACAAAUGCUCUCCUCAUGUACUUCGCUACAAAAGACAUGAAAGACUUCAUGAGCGUUGAGCUGAAUGACGGACGCAUCAAAGUCAGUUAUGAUCUCGGUUCAGGCACAGCAUCUGUGAGCAGCACUCAACGUCACAAUGAUGGAAAAUGGAAAUCACUCACCAUGUCACGGGUUCAGAAGAAAACUAAUGUGGCAAUUGUGGAUAUAGAAACCAAUAAAGAGGAAAAGAUAGAGACUGUUUCUGGGGGCACUAGUUCUGGCCUGAAUUUGAAGGACAAUGAGAGGAUUUACUUUGGUGGUUUGCCAACUCUGAGAAAUUUCAGUAUGAAAGCCAGAGCGGAGGUGACUCUUAAGAAAUUUGCUGGUUGUCUCAAAGACAUUGAAGUUUCCAGAACACCCUACAACUUGCUAAGCAGCACUGAUUAUACUGGAUUGACCAAAGGGUGCUCUAUAGAGAAUAUCCACACUGUUAGCUUUCCAAAGCCUGGGUUUGUGGAGCUGAAUCCAUUCUCUCUUGAUGUGGGCACAGAGAUAAGUUUCUCCUUCAGCACUCAAAAUGACACUGGCAUUAUCCUCUUUGGCAGCGGGGGAGCCCCAACUCCACCCAGGAGGAAACGUAGGCAAACCGGUCAGCCCUACGCUGCAGUAUUCCUGCACAAAGGUCGUCUGGAAGUUGUUAUUUUCAUUGGAACCCGGGAUCCGCGCAGAGUAAUGAUGAAACCAGAGGAGGGAAUUCUGCACGAUGGCAGAGAGCAUUCCAUCAGAAUAGAAAGAACACGGGGAAAAUUUACAGUACAAGUGGAUGAAGAGAACAGACUGGAACAGAGGCUGCCCAAUGACCAAUCAAUAAACAUUAAAAAGCUCUUUGUUGGUGGCAUCCCCACAUACAUCCAGGCCAGCAUGCUUAGGAGCAUUAAUCCUUUCGAGGGUUGUAUAUGGAACUUAGUCAUUAAUACCCUCCCUAUAGACUUUGCUCAGACUUUGUCUUUUGAGAAUGCGGAAAUUGGACAGUGCCCUACCCUGGCACCCCCACCCAAGCCACUGCCAGAAGAGGAAAUAGAUGAAGUUACUGAAGCCCCUGAACAAUCCCAACCUAAACCUGCUGUCACCACAAAACCUAUUGUCAGGCAGCCAGCCACUCCAGCUCCUGUUACUUGUGCUGCUGAAACAGAGCCAGUGACUUUGCUGAAUGCCAAACAGUUUGGCCUUUCCAGAAAUAGCCAUGUGGCUAUGGCCUUUGAUGACACCAAGGUUAAGAGCAGACUAAUAAUCGAGUUUGAAAUCAGGACAGAGGCUGAAUCUGGUCUGGUAUUCUAUAUGGCAAGGAUAAACCAUGCCGACUUUGCAACAAUCCAAAUGAAGGAUGGAAUAGCGCAUUUGAGCUUUGACCUAGGAAGUGGAAACACAAGCACAUCAGUUCCACAGAAAAUCAACGAUGGCCAAUGGCACAAGGUUAAGGUAUCGCGAGACAAGCAAAGAGGAAUAUUAACAGUUGAUGGACGUUAUUUCAACCAAACCACAAGCCCUAAAAAGGCCGAUAUUCUUGAUGUCGUGGGCAUGGUGUAUAUUGGAGGUGUGCCAGUGAAUUACACAAUAAGAAGAAUUGGACCUGUAGUUUACAGCAUUAAUGCUUGUAUCCGCAACUUUAAAAUGCUAAACUCAGCCUUAGACUUGGAUAACCCAACCUCCAGCUAUAAUAUUGGUACCUGCUUUGUCAAUGCUCAGACAGGCACCUACUUUAAUGGAACUGGAUAUGCAAAAACAGUGGGAGCGUAUAAGGUUGGUACAGAUUUGUCAAUAGAACUGGAAUUCCGCACAUCUCAGAGAAGUGGCGUGCUAUUAGGAAUAAGUGGUCAGAAAAUGGACGGUCUUGGAAUCGAACUGGUCAAUGGGAAAAUGCUGUUUCAUGCUGACAACGGUGUUGGCAGGUUUACAGCCACCUACGAGCCAGAUUCCCAAGGCGGGCUUUGUGAUGGGCAGUGGCACAGAGUGGUAGCCACUAAACUGAAACAUCGCCUGGAGCUCACAGUAGAUGACAAGAAGGUGGAAGGUCAAAGUCCUAAUACUCACUCAGCUUCAGCUGAUACUAAUGACCCAGUCUUUGUUGGAGGAUACCCUGAUGGGCUGAAGCAGUUUGGAUUAACGAUUAAUACCCCUUUCAAAGGAUGCAUCCGGAACCUUAAGCUAACUAAGGGCCCCAAGCCUCAGGAAAUUGACUUCAGCAAAGCUUUGGAACUGCAGGGAGUGCAGCCUAUGACAUGUCCUGCAAACUGAACCUGAAACAGUCUUUGUUUUAGAGUUUGAACCUGUUACAAGAAGAAAAUAAAAAUAUUAAAUAUGAAACUCAUUCUCAUAAAGGUG